CCCGGCCCCGCGCUGCGGGUGCUGCUGCUCUGGGGCGGCGCCGAGGGCCGGGAGCGCUGCCGGGUCUAUGGGCAGGGGAGCCCCAGCGCCGAGGAGAUCUGCCUGGAGCUGGCCCAGAGCCUCGGGAUCUCCCCUCUCUGCUGCAGCCUCUUCGCCCUGUUCGAGCCCCGGCAGCGGCUCUGGCUGCCCCCGAACCAGCGGAUCCGCAUCGGGCCCGGCACCGACCGCACCCUGCAGCUCAGGAUGAGGUUUUAUUUCCGGAACUGGCACGGGCUGCUCCGAUCCGAGCCGCCGGUUCUGCGCAGGGCCGGGGGGAACGGGACGGCCCUGCUGGACUGGGCGUCCUUCCAGUACCUGUUCCAGCAGGCCAAGCUGGAUUUCGCCGGGGGGGCGCUGGGGGGCGCCCCCGAGCGGCUGCAGGAGGAGAGCCUGGGCCUGGCCGUGCUGCAGCUGGCGCAGCUGGCGCUGCAGGGCGGCGCCGCGCUCACGCAGGUGGCGCGGACACACAGUUUCCAGGAGUGCCUGCCCCUGCCAUUCCGGCUCCAGCUGCAGCACAGCUCCCUGCUGACCCGCCUGCGCCUCCGCCGCAGUUUCCGCCGUUUCCUGCGGCGUUUCCAGCGCCUGGUGCUGGCCCCGGGCGGGCUGACGGCCCAGGACGUGAUGUACAAAUUCCUCAGCACCCUGGAGCUGCUGCUUCCUCACUUUGGGAGUGAAACUUUCCAGCUUCUGGCCCUGCAGGUGGGAGAGGAGGGGGAGAUGAGACCGGUGGAGCCGCAGGAAAUUCGGGAAUUCGGGGAAUUCCGGGUCACGCAUCAGCUGCUGGUCAGCGGGACCGGAGGGAUCCGGUGGAGGCCGGAGCUGGAGAAGAGCCCAGGGAGCCCCUCCCAGCGUGGAUAUUUUUGGAAGAAAAGCUGCCCCCAGGAUUUGGGGGCUCAGCAGGAGCCCAGAGAGGCCCCCUGGAGCCAAUUCUGUGAUUUUGGGGAGAUCACCCACGUGGGGGUGAAGGAUUGCAGAGUCAGCAUCCACAGGCAGGACAACAAGUGCCUGGAUGUUGUUUUACCCUCUCCAGGCAGUGCCCUGUCCCUGGUGUCUCUCCUGGAUGGAUAUUUUCGCCUCACAACCGACUCCACCCAUUUCCUGUGUCACGACGUGGCCCCUCCCCGGCUGCUGCUGAGCAUCCAGCACGGCAUCCACGGCCCCGUGCAGGAGCAGUUUGUGCAGGCCAAGCUGCGGCGGGAGCAGCCGCAGGAGGGGCUGUACCUGCUGCGCUGGAGCGCGCUGGACUGCAACAGGAUCAUCCUGGCCGUGCUGGGACGGGGACAGGCCGCCGGCUCGGCGGGCUCGCUGCAGCUCCGCCAGUUCCGGAUCCAGCAGAAAGGAGAUUCCUUCCAGCUGGAGGGCUGGGCUCGGGAAUUCCCCUCCCUGGGGGCGCUCCUGGAUGCGCUCCGGGGCUGCACCCUCCGCUGCGGGCAGGAAAUCUUCACAGUCAGGACGUGCUGCCCUCCCAGACCUGGAGAGAUCUCGGAGCUGUUGAUCGCCAGGAGUGGGGAGGAGACAGGGAAGGAGGAGCUGAACCUGAGCCAGCUCAGCUUCCACCAGAUCCGCGGGGAGCAGAUCACCCAGCGAGCCCACCUGGGCCAGGGCACCAGGACCAACAUUUAUGAUGGGAUGUUGAGUCUCUGCCCUGGGAAUUCCGGGAAUGAGGAUGAGGGAUGUUUCCCCACGGAGCAGAACAGCAGGGGCAGGAGGGAGGUGCACGUGGUGCUCAAAGUGCUGGACCCCAGCCACAGGAACAUCACCCUGGCAUUUUUUGAGAGUGCCAGCCUCAUGUCCCGGGUGUCCCACGUGCACUUGGCCUUCGUGCACGGGCUGUGCGUGCGCGGCUCCGAGAACAUCCUGGUGGAGGAGUUUGUGGAGCACGGGCCCCUGGACCUGCUGCUCAGGAGGGAGAAAGGGAAAAUCUCCGUGGGCUGGAAAAUCAGCGUGGCCAAGCAGCUGGGGAGUGCCCUCAGCUACCUGGAGGACAAGCGGCUGGUGCACGGGCACGUGUGCGCCAAGAACGUGCUGCUGGCGCGGCGCGGGCUGGGGGCGGGGCCGGGGGCGGGGCCGGGGGCGGGGCCCUGGGCCAAGCUCAGCGCGCCCGGGCUGGGCCUCGGCGCGCUCAGCAGGGAAGAACGAGUGGACAGGAUUCCCUGGAUCGCCCCCGAGUGCAUCAGGGAUGUGGGAAACCUCAGCCCGGCUUCGGAUAAAUGGAGUUUUGGGACAACCCUGCUGGAAAUCUGCUUCGAUGCUGAUGUUCCCCUGAAGGAACGAACUCCCUCCGAGAAGGAGCGGUUCUAUGAGAAGAGGCAUCGGCUGCCGGAGCCGUCGUGCCGGGAAUUGGCGGCGUUGAUUUCGCGGUGUCACAAUUACAACCCGGGGGAGAGGCCGUCCUUCCGAACGGUGCUGAGGGAGCUCACCCGGCUGCAGCCGCAGAAGCUCGUGGACGUCACCUCGGUGAAUCCCGAAUUCCCGGUGUCAGAUCCCACCGUGUUCCAGAAGCGCUACCUGAAAAAAAUCCGGGAGCUGGGCGAGGGCCACUUUGGCAAGGUGAGCUUGUGUUGCUACGACCCCACCAACGAUGGCACAGGGGAGAUGGUGGCUGUGAAAUCCCUCAAAUCUGAGAGCAGCCCCCAAAUCCUCAGCUCCUGGAAGAGAGAAAUCCAAAUUUUGAAAACCCUCUACCAUGAAAACAUUGUCAGGUACAAGGGCUGCUGCACUGAGCAAGGGGACAAGGUGGUGCAGCUGAUCAUGGAGUACCUGCCCCUGGGCAGCCUCAGGGAGUUCCUGCCCAGACACCCCCUGAGCCUCCCCCACCUCCUGCUCUUUGCCCAGCAGAUCUGCCAGGGCAUGUCCUAUUUGCACUCCCUGCACUUCAUCCACAGGGACCUGGCAGCACGAAAUGUUCUCCUGGAAAACGAAAAAUUGGUAAAAAUUGGAGAUUUUGGUUUGGCCAAAGCUGUUCCAGAGGGACAUGAAUAUUACAGAGUGAGGGAGGAUGGAGACAGCCCCGUGUUCUGGUACGCCCCAGAAUGUCUCAAGGAGUGCAAGUUUUAUUAUUCCUCAGAUGUUUGGUCUUUUGGGGUGACACUUUAUGAGCUCCUCACACGUUGUGACCCCCUCAGCAGCCCCCCAGCUAAGUUUUUGGAGAUGAUCGGAGCCACCCAAGGGCAGAUGACGGUGCUGAGGUUGAUUGAGCUGCUGGAGAGGGGGAAGAGGCUCCCCCUGCCCAGGGAUUGUCCAUGGGAGGUGGGGAAAAAUGGG